AUGCUUGAUGCAUUAGCACAAUUUUUUCGUGAAAUUAUACAAAUGAAUUAUACAGAUAAAGGUGAUUAUCAACGUUUAAGAGAAAUUAUAACAUGAACACCAACAUUAAAUAGACUUAGUGCUCUAUCAACUCAAUCAAAAAACAAAAUUUCUAAUGAUGAUAUUGAAGAUGAUGAAAAUCAUAUUGAUAUGAAUGUUAUUCUUAAUCCAGCAUUAAGUUCAACACGUAUUGAACGACCACGUCGAAUUCAAACACAGCCUCUUCCUAUACCAGCACCAUCACCUAAAGUAACAAAUGAUUAUUAUAAUAAAGCAAUUAAUCAUAAUAUUGAUGAUAAAAUUUAUAUUAUUACAAAAGUUCUUGCUGGUAUACCAUUAACAGAUAAUGAAAUUCGUCGAGUUAUUCAUCGACCUAAAUAA